UUGUCGACAUAGACCUAGUUAUCAUUUCAACGAAAGAUUCUUUUUUCAGCUGUAUUUUACUCUCGGGAGGUUUGACCAUCAACGGACACCGUAUAUCAGAAGCAAAGUGAUCACCACAGCGUCCGUAUUUUAGAUGAGAUAUCACUGGACAGCGUAUUACCAGUAUGGAGGGACAGGCAAUCUCCACUCUGUGUACCCCGGCUCUGGUGGUGGACUUGGACAAAGUUAAGAAAAAUGCCCAGAGAAUGAUUGAACGCUGUCAGAAGAUGGGGGUCCAGCUUCGGCCUCACAUGAAGACCCACAAAACCCUUGAGUGUGCUGACAUAAUGACAGGUGGAUCACGGCGAUGCAUCGUUGUUUCCACACUGGCAGAGGCCUGUUUCUACGCUGACCACGGAUUUGACGACAUCCUCUAUGCAUACUGUCUUCCCUUUGAUAAGGUGGAGCGCUGUGCUCUCCUGUCAGAGCGGUUGGACCUCUUCCAGGUUCUGCUGGAUCAUCCUGAUGCUCUGCAGCAGCUCAAGAAAAGACCUCUGAAAGACGGUCGACUGUGGCACGUCUGGCUGAAAAUCGACUGUGGCAACGGGAGAGCUGGUGUCCUGCACUCAGAGCCUGAGGCACUCAGAUUGGCUCAGGCCAUAGCUGGGAUGGAGGGGGUGGAGCUAACAGGAGUUUACGCUCACUGUGGGAACUCAUACAACUGCAGAGGGGUGGAGCAAAUACAGGCUGUCGCCCAGGAAACAACCACCUUGACUCUUCAGUUCAUGGAAAAACUGAAGGCCUUUGGCAUCAUCUGUAAAUCCAGCAUUGGCUCCACUCCCUCCUGUAGUCACCCAGUCAAAGACAUGGAGCAGCUCAGCGAAGUGCAUCCUGGAAACUACGUCUUCUAUGACACGCAGCAGUCUGUGAUUGGCUCAUGCAGUCUUGGGGAUGUGGCUGUGAGGGUCCUGACUAGAGUCAUUGGACACUGUCCUCACAGGAACCAGCUCCUCAUCGACUGUGGAUGGACUGGAAUCAGUCUAGACGGAGCUGGAAAACUUCCCACUGGAUAUGCCAUGAUUGAAGGACAUCCGAACCUAAAGUUGUUGUCUAUGACUCAAGAGCAUGGGAGAGUGGAGCCCAUCUCAGGACCGCUGGACUACAGCAAAUAUCCUCUGGGCUCAAUGCUCAUGCUGAUCCCCUACCACUCGUGUGCUUCUGCCGUGAUGCACCCUGUAUACCAUGUGCACUCUGAAGGCCGCCUGCUGGGGAAGUGGACACCUACACGUGGGUGGUGAACAGCCGGCCAACCAUAUACUUGUACAGAAACUUCAGCUUAAUGAUCACCAGGUCUUUUUAUAACUGCACCAUAAUCAUUUAAUAUCAUUGAAAAUUAACCACUCAUUUCCUCUGUGCUGCAAAAAACACGGAUUAGUAAAAAAUAAUAAUAGAAAUGUAUCACUUUGUUUUACUUUUGAUAGAACUACUCCCAAAAUGUGAAAUCAUGUGAAAAGAAAAGUAAACAGAAAUGUACGCCUGUAUUAUUCUAAAUGGCUAAAUAAAUGAAAGCUUUUGUUCAAUGUUGUAUGCUCAUUAUUUCAUCAAAGUUACCGUGCUAAUUUUUAAUCAGUCAGUAAAUGGUGUAACAUGUCAAUGGGAACCUACUCUCAGCCAGUUGUUUGUAUGUGACAGCGUUCUGAUAAAUCAAUAUGAUACAAAUUGUUUUUUAUUUCUGCAUUAAACGACAAAAAGUA